GCCAGGCCGACCAAUUCCAAUAUGGUGGCCAGCUUGGCAGGUCUACGGUUGCUGUUGAUGAUAUUGUUGUUCUGCGGGAUCAGGUACGGCGACUGCGGCCGGGAAGCCCCGCCGGUCCUGGGGCUGCGACUGGAAGCUCCGACCGGUCUGGUGUGUAUGAAGGAUCGGAUCAUCUCGGCGCCAGAGGGAGCCACGUUCGAGCUCCGUCUCUUCGGCACCGAGCUGAAUGGAAGCUGGCCGUCGGUGGCAUUCGCGGGGGCAUCCGGCGGAGCGGCCGGGGCGGCUGUCGGGGACGCGCCCGACCCGUGCGUGCGUGAGCACAACCGUCAGCGGUCCUGUUUCCAGGUGACGCGCGGAUUCACACCGGAUGAGACGUACAGCGGGCUGAUAACGGUGGAGGUCCGGCGGAGCGUCUCUGCUGGAGAGAACGCAGCUAGCGGCGAGCAGCAGACGUACCACCACCUGUGCGUGCUGAGCGGGGGGAAAUGGGCAUCCGCGGGGAUCCCGGACCGGCUGCGGAUCAACACCGACACGGGUCUGCCGGCGGACUACAUUCCACCGUGGGCUCUGGCCGUGCUGGUCGUGGUGCUGCUGCCGGUCUGCGCACUGCUGAGGACCGUGAACCUGAGCCUGCUGUGGCUGGACCCCGUGGAGCUCUAUGUCCUCCACAGCUGCGGGUCCGAGGAGGAGAAGCGGGCCGCCAAGCGCCUGGAGCCCAUCCGGAGGAGGGGCAACUUCCUGACGUGCUCUCUGCUGUUCCUGACCGCCGUGGGACACUCGGCCCUCGGCGUCCUCCUCUACCGUGCGCUGGGCACCAUCGUCUCCGCCGUCUUCACCAGCGGCUUCCUCGUCUUCUUCGUGGCCGAGCUGGCUCCUCACGUCCUGUGCUCCGGGUACGGCUUCCAGCUGGCGCCGGGACUCACCUGGCUGGCCCAGGUGUGUCUGGUGCUCACCUGCCCGCUGUCCUGCCCUCUGGGGCUUUUCCUGGACCUGGCGCUGAGGAGGGACAUCAGCACCUGUGGUAUAAGGGAGCGGGCCAUGGAGAUGAUCCGCACGAGCGUCAACGACCCGUACAGUGAGUUUGUGAAGGAGGAGUUCAGCCGCGGGAUGCUGCGCAGUAAGACGGUGGAGGACAUCCUGACCCCCCUGAAGGACUGUUUCAUGCUGCCCAGCUCCGUGGUCCUGGACUUCUCCACCAUGUCUGAGAUCAUGCAGAGCGGAUACACCCGGGUGCCCAUCUAUGAGGAGGAGAGGUCCAACAUCGUGGAAAUCCUGUAUGUGAAGGACUUGGCUCUGGUGGACCCGGACGACUCCACCCCCAUGACGACCAUCACCAAGUUCUACAACCACCCACUGCACUACGUGUUCAACGACACCAAGCUGGACGCCAUGCUGGAGGAGUUCAAGAAAGGUAACUCUCACAUGGCCAUCGUCCAGAAGGUGAACAACGAGGGGGAGGGGGAUCCGUUCUACGAGGUGCUGGGAUUGGUCACCUUAGAGGACGUCAUCGAGGAGAUUAUCAAGUCAGAGAUCCUGGAUGAGUCUGAUGGCUACCUGGACAGGAAGGUGAAGCGUCCUCUCGCUCCGCUGGAGAUUCCUCUGGAGCCUCGCAGCGUCCACGAGGAGUUUUCUAUCUUCAAGCCCCCUGAAGGAGAACCCAAGAUCAGGACGUCACCACAGCUCCUCCUGGCUACACAUCGCUUCCUGUCCAGAGGUGAGGUUUUACCUGCACACCUGUAUGUUCACUAAGCUGCAUUCUCUCUAGUGUCCACCAGGGGGCGACUCCU